UUCGCAUGUGUUCUUCGGAAAAGCAUUAAAAUUGGAAUCUGCUAAGUUGCAAUAAAUUAAUAAUGUAUAUUGUGCUCUGCAUUAGAUUCAAAUUUUAAUAACAAAUGCAAUAAAGCUAAUAAUGCCAUGUGAUUGUAAUAUUGCGUAAACAAAAACUAAGCGGCCAUUUUAAAAUUUUUGUGAAUUGUUUAAAAGGUUAUACAGCGAGUGAAAAGCCUUAAAAUGAAGAGAAAGGAAGAAAUUGAGGUAGAUUUGGAAAAAUUAGAAAGGCAGAUUUUCGAAUGGAAACCGAAUCUUAAGUAUACAAAAAACCAUGUAUGUACAAGGCUCAGGCAACAAAUUGAAGAUAGCGUCCCUAUAGUUAAACUACAAAGUUUAGGAGCACAAGAAGUCGAACAUCUACGUAGAUAUGAAUUAAAUCAUUUGAAUUCGAACGAUGAAGUGCCUGCAAGUGAACAGAUUCAAAAAAUUAAAAGAUCAGAAGGAAAUACCAAAGGCUCAGAUGAAAAUAUGCAUAAUUCAACUGAAACCAUCUAUGUAAGAAAAACGAUCGACUCUGUAACGGAUAAGGGUAAACGUGGUCAUAAAGUUAUGGAGAAAGCUGGUACUCCUUUAUAUACAUGUGUACCAGAUUUACGCUGUCGUUCUAUGCAACAUAUUUCAUUGGAUAGCAUAUACAUUGCGCGAAAAAUGUUCGACUUGAGGGCUCGUCAGUUCAAAAAAUCGUUGAAAUCAAUAAGUAGGCGCCGCCAAACCUCUGGGCGAAAACGUAAUGAAAGAAAUCAAAAAUAUAUUGCCGAGAAUUCUGAGCAGGAUACAGAGCAAGAAUUGUCACAAUUGUUGCAGGCCCUCAUGGUUGAUCCGAAUGAUGCAGGAAACUCGCAAUUUACCGACUGCACUGUUUGUGUUACUGACAACCCAAGUAAUUCCAGUAACAAUACUCCUAAUGCGAAGAAACGUAAAAGUCGAUCAACGAUACUGAACUCAUCGGCAAAAAAACAAUGCCAAAAAAAGUUUACUAAAUUUACCAAAUAUAAUGACAACAGUAACAUGAGUCUUCCUCUUGCAACAUCGGUACAACAAGCAGUAAGUAAUUUAUUAAAAUAUUCGGCGUAUGAUUAAAAUAUGUUGAAAUUGC